CUUUAAUCAUGGGAACAAACGAUCUUAGCCGAGAAGUUAUCGAUCACCUUUUUUUUUAUUUUUUGGACCAAUAUUUUAUUGUUUUUAUUUUUUAUUUUUUUGAAGACGCUCUUGAACUGCCGAUAAAAAAAACCCCUCUAUCACCUGCUGACCUGCGAGUUCUUGAUUUGUAUUUUGGAGUAAGUAAACGCCAACACCUGCAUGUAUUAACUUUAUAACAGUGUACAGUAAUCUCUCAAUCUCAAAGACUGAAAACAUGAAAAUGAUCAACUUUAUAAUGGGUGAUGGAAAAGUUGUGGAAACAACACUCAUAGAUGAAGAAGAUAAAGGCUUGCAUUCCGAUUCAGAUGAGGAAGAUGAUGAAACCAAGCUAAAAAGGGGCCUCGAUCAACUUUGGGAUUGUUUAAUCAGAGAGGGAGAUCAAAAAAUCGUUGGAUUUGACCUCCAAUGGAGGAACUUGGGAGAUAGAUUAAAAGCGAAAAUGCAUUUGGUGUUGUGCACAAAUGUUACUUGUGUCAUCAUAGAUUCACAGUAUCUACGUUACGAAAUUGUGAAGAAUUUUCUUGCUCUCAAGGAUGUAACUUUUGUCGGAAUUCAUAUUGCUGAUGACCUUGUUAAGCUUAAGAAUCUCCAUGGAAUUGUGUUCAGAAAUGUGGUCGACCUUAGUGAGCACGCAGCUAAUCUUUUCAAGAGACCAAGGUAUAAAUCAUUCAGUUUAUCAGAAUUGGCAGCAAGUGUUACUUAUCAACAUAAUCUGAUUAUAAAAGACAAGCCAGCAAGUGUUGCUUAUCAUAAUAAUCUGAGCAAGGAGUAUGCAGCAAUCGAGGCUUAUGCUUUAUUCAAUAUUGGGAAGAAUUUACUUGGAAGAGAUUAAAAGGGUUCCAUUUAUGGUUCCUUUUGAUUACUGAUUAGUGUCGUUUUCAUUUGGGCUGUGUGCUUUAUAGACUGAUCUGUCUUUAAAUAUUUUGCUUCCUUUUGAAUGAAACUACUCUCUUAUUAUUGUUUGUGGUGAA